GCCAGCUCCAUCGGGCAGCAGAUCACGCUCUGGAUGAGUCCGGCCGCCGCGCCCGCGAGGAACUGGUGCAGAGGCGUAUCCGCGCUCAACAUGCGCAUGGCGUUCCCCUGCACGCCGAAGACGAUGGCGUUGAUGAAGGCGCGUGUGGAUCUGUCGGACUAACAUCACGUAUAUUCACCUAUUUCUCCCGAAAUACAUGAAAGGGCUUUCGGAGUGGCGGUGGGGUAUCCGCUGGACACAGUGAAGGUGAGGAUGCAGACGCAGGCGCGUGACACAGGUGUUUGGGAAUGCGUGAGAAGAACCUGCAGAACUGAAGGAGUCAGUGGUUUCUACCGAGGGAUGUCCAUGCCGCUGAGCACCGUCUCCAUCAGCUCCUCGCUGGUGUUCGGCACCUACAGGAACGUCCUGCACCUGCUGCAUGAGCUGCGGCACAGAAGCGCAGCCGACCCGCAUCACAAAGCUGAUAUCUUCCUGUCGGGCUUCGCUGGAGGCGUCGCUCAGGUUCUGGUGAUGUCUCCCGCAGACAUGGUGAAGGUUCGUCUUCAGUGUCAGAGCGAUCCGCCGGACUCCAGGCCCAGAUACCGCGGGCCGCUCCACUGUCUGCUCCGGAUCGCGCGGGACGAGGGUCUGCUGGGGCUCUAUAAGGGCUCCGCUGCUUUAGCGCUGCGCGACGGACCUUCCUUCGCCACGUACUUCCUCACCUACACCAGCAUCUGUGACCUCCUGCGCUCCGCAGACGGCCGUCAGACAGCUGUUGUUCCAGGCUGGACGGUGGUUCUUCUGGCCGGCGGUGUGUCUGGGAUGUGUGGAUGGGCCGUGGGGACGCCGAUGGACGUGAUCAAGGCGCGUCUGCAGGUGUCCGGCGUGAGCGGCCGGCGCUACAGAGGAUUCUUCCACUGCGUCUCACACAGCGUGAGGAGCGAAGGCCUCGCUGUCCUCUUCAGAGGUCUGACGGUGAACUGCAUCCGUGCCUUUCCGGUCAACAUGUCCGUCUUCGCCAUGUAUGAACUGGUUGUUCGCUUCCUGCGUUCGGCGUCGUAGAUCUUCUCUUGCACUUGUGAUUCCUCAGUGUUUUAUGAACCGCGCAGCUGGAAGCGUUUCUGUGAUUUUACUACCAGCUGCAGAAGCACAGAGAGAAUAUUUAUAAUUUGCAUUAAUAUAUAUUUGAGUGAGUUUUGCUGUGUCUACCUCGAUAUGCAUCUGUGCAUCAUGAAUGGUUAAAGGAAUAGUUCAGCCAAAAAAUUAAAUGUGUUCAUCUGAGAUCAGGAUGAGUUUGUUUCUUCAUCAGGUUUGUAGAAAUGUGUCUCUGCAUCAGUGUCUCAGCAAUGGAUGCU